UUCAACUUGUCUGUGCCCUUCCCUCCCCAUCAAUCUAAAACACAUCCUAUAGCUGCCCCUCUGAGAGGGCCUCUUCCCUCCUUUGCCCUAAAGCUGUAACAGACACCUCCUAGCCCUAGUGUGACACUGGCCCCAUGCUGAUGGGUCUCUCUACAUUUUGCUCUAUAAAUCUAUUGUUAAACAGAGAAAAUAGGAUUUGGAGAAAGGGUGAGGUGUGGCUACAUCACCUGCAUCUCUAAUCAUGAAUAGCAAGAAAGAGGCAGGGCUUAUGUAUAAUGCAGCAUCAGGGAGAGGAAUUGCUUAUGUAACUAGAACAGCAGAUUUAGCAGGAGCAAGAAGGCAGCAGCUGGGGAUGGGAGCAGUGAGCAGUUGGUGGGGGCAACAUGCCCAGGUGGCUACUCCUCACAAGGGUGGCAUCAUCCAGGGCCCCCGGACCCGAGGCUGGAAGAGCCUCUGGUCAGGUGUGGAGACCACCAGGUCAGGUCUGGAAGAGCUGUGGGGACCACAAGGGCAUCAGUGCCUGCACCAGGAGCCCCUGGAGCCUGCUCCAUUGCAGAAGCCUCUGUCUAAGUGGCCAGUGCCUCAAUUCAUCAAACUCUUUCUGCCGGAGUUUCCCAUUAGGCCUAGAGGGCAGCAGCAGCUGAAGAUUUUAGGGCUUGUAGCCAAAGGCUCUUUUGGAACUGUCCUCAAGGUGCUAGACUAUGGCCGGAAAGCUGUAUUUGCAGUAAAGGUGGUGCCCAAGGUAAAAGUCCUACAAAGGGACACCCUGAGGCAGUGCAAAGAGGAGGUUAGCAUCCAGCGACAGAUCAUCCAUCCUUUUGUACAUGGUUUGGGGGACAGCUGGCAGGGGAAAAUGCACCUCUUCAUUAUGUGCAGCUACUGCAGCUCAGAUCUGUACUCCCUCUGGUCCACUGUUGGCUGCUUCGAUGAGGCUUCCAUCCGCCUCUUUGCUGCUGAGCUGGUCCUGGUGCUGUGCUAUCUGCAUGACUUGGGCAUCGUCCAUCGAGAUGUGAAGAUGGAGAAUAUCCUUUUGGAUGAACGAGGCCAUCUGAAACUGACAGACUUUGGUCUAUCCCGACACCUGUCCCAGGGAGCCCAAGCCUAUACUAUCUGUGGAACUCUUCAAUAUAUGGCCCCAGAGAUCCUGAGUGGAGGGCCUUACAACCAUGCUGUCGAUUGGUGGUCCCUGGGUGUCUUGCUUUUCUCUCUGGCAACUGGAAAGUUCCCAGUGUCUGCAGAGAGAGAUCAUGUGGCUAUGUUGGCAAGUGUGACCCACUGUGACUAUGAGAUACCAGCCUCUCUUAACCAGGGACUCUCACUCCUGCUCCAAGAGCUCUUAUGCCAGAACCCUCUCCGCCGUCUACGAUAUUUGCAUCACUUCCAGGUCCACCCUUUCUUUCGGGGUAUGGCCUUUGACACAGAGCUCCUACAGAAGCAGCCAGUGAACUUUGUCAUGGAGGUGCAAGCUACCAAGCCCAGUCCUUCGGAGUCCAUGCCCUUUAAGGACUUUGACUGUGACCUGAAGUCCUUUCUGAUUUACCCCACCCCUUCUUGAGCUCCUCUACUAUAAUAGAUUGGGGCCCAGCUGGGAACCUGGGAACUUUCUCCACUGCCAACUCAGUACAACCGCUUUGAUGAUCCACUUUGUUUUUAUUUUGUAGCCCGUUACCAUUCUGUUCAUCUAGGCAUUGGACCAGAGUUAAAAUAUCUGGCAUUCUGCUACUGGCAGCCACAACUGGCCCUAUCCCUUCCCCCAUUAUACAUUCCAAUUUUCAGUUCAACAUCUCAGAUCAGGGUAGUGAAUUUUUCCUGUGCUGUGCUUCUCCAGUGCUCUUGCCCUGAAGCUUUCAGUCAGAGGCUUUUUCUACACUGUCCUCUCUGUUUCUGUGCCAUGUUUCCUUCCCUGAGCAAUAAUGACACUUUAUGGAUUCCUAAGUUGCUAUUAAUGUAUUUAACAGCCUUGUUGGAAGCAGCACAAAUAUUUUUCAAAGGUCUCAAAAGUUGGCAUUUAAUUCCAUAAAUAUGCAGCUAAAAAAAUAUGCUGUGGGGACUCAAGGCUGGUCUAUAAAAAAACUUUAUUUAAAAAGUGGACCUAAGAGCCUGAUGUAAGGAAGAAAGGAACUGAAGCAGGAGUGGGUUAAAUGUCUUCUCUAGGGGUAACUGGAAGAGCUAUCCAAAUUUUCUCCAAAACAAAAUCUUGAAAGGCAUAAGAGUUCUUAAACUGAUCAUUUACCAAAAGGUGUUUCAUGAAAAGGCAUGACAUCAUUCUUAAGAUGUAAGGUUAGAGAUACACCAAAAUAACAUUUUCCUUUAGUAAGGAAAAUCAUUUGAACCUUGAAUUUGUACAUAUUUCUGGCCUUUCACUUCUUUUCAUUUUUCUUUAACAUCUCAAAAUCUCCACUUUUGUUCUUAGAUUUGAGGAAAAAUAUGCUUUAAUCUAGACCAUAUUAUCCUUCAGUUAUAUCUAAGUUAUAUCUUAAAGAGCCUGAAGAGUACCCUGUAUACUUUUAUUUAUUAAUUCCAUCCCUGGAUUAGGCCAUAUUUUCCCUGUACCUGGCUGGCAUUUUACUGGCAUCUGCAGAAUUGCUUUUUCUGAACUGCACUUUGGCAUGAUAUCACCUGUUUUCAUUGAGAGAUGUUUUAAGGAAAGUCCCUAUGAAACUUAAUUGCUGGGCAUAAUGUAAAGGAUGUUUAUCAUUAAAAUUCAUAGUGUUCUAUUUGAGGAUGCAUAGGAGAAAUUUUCUCUGGUGCUAGUUGUGCUUUUCCUGAAUUGCUAUUUGUGUUUUACCUUAAGUACCCUGUAAAUAUUCACUUAUUAUAUUUUUCUCUUUGUGUAAGAUGCUAGACCACUUUGAACCUAAUUUGUGGCCCACCUCCAGGAAGUGUUUAGGACUUCACGUUAUGCAUUUUGUAUUUUAGCCACAUUCUUGGUUCCAUCUUCCUUUUCUAUCUUUAUUUUCCUUAACCUUUUUCUAAGUUUUAAUCUUUUGAUCUUACCAUAUUAUUUGCAUCUUUGUAAGCCUUUUUGGAAUAAAGUUAGGAUAUAAAUAAAUUACAGAAUGUAUCCUUAA